GUCGCCUCUGGCCACGAAAAAGGGAGAGAGAGAGAGAGAGAGAGAGAGAGAGAGAGAGAGAGAGAGAGAGAGAGAGCUUGAUUUUGUACCGAGGACAAAUCAGUAAAACAGAAGAAGACAUUCCUACAGUCCGGAUGAUUAAGAUGAUUUAUUCCUCGGUGUGAUCUGAGGAGAAAGUGAGCGGCUUUGAGGAAGUUGAUGCGCUCGAGCCUGUUUACUUCCUCACUAUAAGUUUAAACUCGACAGAAGCUAAGCGGCUAAUUUAGUCCAGGCGUGAAAAGCUGAAGCAUGACGUCAGAAGAGGAGCGAUACAAACUGGUGGUGGUGGGAGGAGGAGGUGUGGGUAAGAGUGCCCUCACUAUACAGUUUAUCCAGUCGUACUUCGUGUCUGACUACGACCCGACCAUCGAGGACUCGUACACCAAAAUCUGCACCGUGGAUGGGAAGGAGACCCGAUUAGACAUACUGGACACAGCAGGUCAGGAAGAGUUUGGGGCGAUGAGAGAGCAGUACAUGCGAUCUGGAGAAGGCUUCUUACUGGUGUUUGCUCUGAAUGACAUUGGAAGCUACAAUGAAAUCCAGAAGUUUCACACUCAGAUCCUGAGGGUAAAAGAUCGAGAUGAUUUCCCCAUGGUCCUCGUCGGCAACAAGUCUGAUCUGGAGCAUCAGAGAGUGGUUUCCAGAGAAGACGCCAUGUCUUUUGCCAAAGAAAACCGGAUCCACUACAUGGAGUCGUCAGCGAAGAACCGCUACAACGUGGAUGAAGCUUUUCUGGAGGUGGUGCGAGCAAUAAGAAAGUUUCAGGAGACAGAAAGUCCUCCUCAGCUUGCGAAUCACGCCAGGAAGCAGAAGAGCGGCGGGUGUCCCUGCACCAUCCUCUGAUCGCCUUUACACUGUCGCCAUGGAGAUUGAUGCCCCCACCCACAAUGUCUGGUGCCAUGUGUGUGUCUGUGUGUGUGUGUGUGUGUGUGUGUGUGUGUGUGUGUGUGUGUGUGUGCACGCCUGCCUUAUCAGCUGACGAGGAGUGAGUGAGUCAGGAGUGUGUGUGUGAUUCUGUUCAUACAAAAGUGUUUAAAUGUGUUUAUUUUUUAACCCUGCACUUUUUACAUUAAGUACAUUUUAAAGUGUAUCCUUCUGAUGUAAUGUGUUAAGUUUAUAGCUUUGAGCAUUUCAGAGUGUGUGUUUAGCAGAAAUGAACACAGCUGUACGAAUAUCCCGUGUGUGUGUGUGUGUGUGUGUGUGUGUGUGUGUGUGUGUGUGUGUGUGUGUGUGUGUGAUCUACACACACUUUGUCUGAUUAAGCUGCUUUAUUAUUCACUGAACAUAACAUUAGAAGUGUUUUUCUCACACGGUCUCUCCUGUGUGUGUUUCUCACACGGUCUCUCCUGUGUGUGUUUCUGAUUAACACAGAUCACAGGUUAUAGCUGAGAAAAGAACAGAAAUCCUGUUUACUCCAAAUUUACUAAUAACACAAAUGUAAAUGCAGCUGUUCAGUUCAAUCAUCAAAAGCUCAAUGAGACGAAAAUUUAACUUAAAACUUAAAAUCGUUAAUUGAAGAGUUUUGGAGACUUUUACAGCUUUAUUUACACACCAACACCAUAGAUGUCGUCCUCAACAUUUAUGACGGGUUUCAGAAGCAACAUUUACACUUCUGAUCUCUUUGUGGUUUGGAGUAAACUGCUUUACUGUUCUUUUCUCACUGCAUGGACACACACACACACACACACACACACACACACACAGAGGAGAGAGAUCAGAGGAAAGCACUGUAGAUUACCUUUAAUUACUUGUAGUUCACGGGCUCUGUGUGAAACUCUUUAGUGUGAGCUGAUCAUCAGCCCCCUCACCAGGACAAUCAGUGUGCACCAGGUUCAUCAGGAGGCUAUAAACUCCUCGCUACAUUAACCUCUUGGCUUCACACACAGAACACAUCUCGUGUGUUCAUGCUAGCGAGCAGCAGCACAUCGUUUAUUUUAUCCACACUUGUAUGACAGUGAGCUGUGGUGUGAUGUUUGCGUUGAGAUGUUCUGCAUAUGACACAUGCUUUGGUAAAGGAGCGAAUAGUAAAAUGUUUGUCUCAGAUGGUUCCUCAGACCAGUCCUAUAACAUGCAUGUUGUUUUGUUCCCAGCUGAAAUGAGUUCCCAGCUACUGUCUGACACACAGGAAAAACCUAUAUAGCGGUUAGCACGUUCGCCUCAUACCUCCAGGGUCGGGGGUUCGAUUCCCACCUCCACCUUGUGUGUGUGGAGUUUGCAUGUUCUCCUCGUGCCUCGGGGGUUUCCUCUGGGUACUUCGGUUUCCUCCCCCGGUCCAAAGACAUGCAUGGUAGGUUGAUUGGCAUCUCUGGAAAAUUGUCCAUAGUGUGUGUGUGUGUGUGUGUGUGAAUGAGAGUGUGUGUGUGCCCUGUGAUGGGUUGGCACUCCGUCCAGGGUGUAUCCUGCCUCGAUGCCCGAUGACGCCUGAGAUAGACACAGGCUCCCCGUGACCCGAGAAGUUCGGAUAAGUGGUAGAGAAUGCAUGAAUGAAUGAGUGAAUGGUUGGUUCCAUCUUCUAUGGUUUAAAAUGCAUAUAGAUCCCUUGGGAAGACGAGUAAGGCUCAGAGGGAAGUAGCAGAGAUGUUUGGUGUGUACAGUGAGGGAACAGAACUACUGCAGUUAGCUGGAUUCACUAAUCUGAGAAGGCUCUGAGUGCAUAACAUCCAGUUUGUUGUGUUGAGGUUAACUAGUUAGCAUAAGGAGCUAUAUUUACACCUACUACACUUUGUUUAUGUAGGGUUUUUAAUAAGAACUCUGGACAUGCCCACGAGUGACACGCUUCACCUGUGUAUGUAAAUGUAAGGGGAAAAUAUGCACAUUUCAUGUUUGGCUCAGCAUUCAUUUUAAUGCAGGGAAGCCGUGUGGUGUUUAUUCUCUUUGUUUUUUUAAUGCUAGUUGGGUUUUUACACCAAGUGAGUGUUUAAAACCAGGACAUAAAUAUAAAACAGUUAAGAAAAUCCUGCAGUGUUUUUGUCUGAACUCCUCACUGUUCGUUGUGAUUUUAUUCACCUGUCUGAUGAUCACGAUGGCUUCAUGGAAAAUAAAGAAAGGGUUGAGGUGAAGUGAUGGUAUGCGAGUGAACGGCUCCGGUGUCAGAUUUAAUAUGACCCUUAACCAAAGAACACGCAGUUAAAUGAUGAACUGUUUGCACACGUUUCAUUAAGCAAAAGUAGUUUGACACUAAACCAGUUUUAUGUAUUUUUGUACUGUAAAGAAAGAUGCGAGUGUGAGACAGACAGAAGGUACUCCUUUUAAUGAAUAUGCAGAAGCCUUUGCUGUUUGUUGUACUUUUAAGAGAAACUGCUGCCACACUGCUCUUUAACCACCAGAGGGCGCUGUACACACACCGUUCACAUUCAGAUUAGAGUCCACGUCAAGGACUAGGUCUGUGUGUGUGUGUGUCUGUGUGUGUGUCUGUGUGUGUGUUUCCGUCUGUCUCUGUGUGUGUAUGUCUCUCUGUGUGUGUGUGUGUGUGUGAGAGAGAGAGAUAAACCCUCUCUCUCAGUAAAUAAAAUCUGUGUGUGUGUGUGUGUGUGUGUGUAUGUAUGUGUGUGUGUGUGUGUGUGUGUGUGUUAAUGGUAAAUGAUAUUAAUGUUCCAUACAGCAGAGGUCUCAUUAUUUCAAUCAUUUUAAAUCAAACUCUUCAGUGGCUUCUAUUGUAGAAAUUGUCCACAUUUUAUUUUAUACUUAAUUGAUUAAAAAACUUCUUUUGUACACAAUUAAAGUAGAAUUUACAUAAAA